GACUGUUAUUGAAUCAGUGUGAAAGAGAAAAACACCUAAAGCAAAGAAUGGUGAACACCUAAAGCAAAGACAUCUAAAGCCAAGACAUCUAAAGCCGUCAUUAGGCACUUCAAAGAGGAACCAUGAACGACCAAAAUCAAAGCAGGAAGCCUUCGGUACCAUGGACCUGGCUGGAGAAUGUUUCAACGCCUGGCCCUGGGCUCCAGGAGGGCCCACCACCGCCAUGGCCCGGGAUGGAGGCAGCACUUGCGACAGGGGCAAGCAGGUCACAGAUGCCAGGGCUCAUUUGACCUCUACUUCAUCUUGGACAAGUCUGGCAGCGUGAACAACAACUGGAUUGACCUUUAUAUGUGGGUGGAGGAAACAGUGGUGAGGUUCCAAAGCUCACAUAUUCGGAUGUGCUUCAUCACCUACUCCACAGAUGGCCAGACUGUCUUGCCACUCACCUCAGACAAGAAUAGAAUAAAAAAUGGUCUUGACCAGCUUCGGAAAAUUGUACCUGAUGGACACACAUUCAUGCAGGCAGGAUUUAGAAAGGCAAUUCAACAGAUUGAAACAUUCAACUCCGGAAACAAGGUUCCCAGCAUGAUUAUUGCUAUGACUGAUGGAGAACUGGUGGCACAUGCAUUUCAGGACACUCUCAGAGAAGCUCAAAAGGCUCGGAAACUGGGGGCCAACGUUUACACCGUGGGUGUGGCCGGUUAUAAGCUGGACCAGAUAACAGCAAUUGCAGACAGCCCAGACCACGUGUUUGCAGUGGAGAAUGGCUUCAAGGCCAUGAGAAACACCAUUGAUGCUCUCACGUCAAAGGUCUGUCUUGACGUGACAUCGGUGGAGCCUCCCACUGUGUGUGUAGGAGAACCCUACCAUGUGGUUGUUCAUGGAAAUGGCUUUCAGAAUCUAAAGAAACAGGAUGAAGUUAUUUGCAGAUUUAUCUUCAAUGAAAGCACUAUCAUUGAUGAAAAGCCAACCAGUAUCGACAAUAAUUCCAUGAAUUGCCCUGGGCCAAAACUAGAAAAACCUGGAGAGGGGUACUUUAUUGAAGUCAGCUUGAACAAUGGCAAAACAUUCUUCAAGAGCAAUGUCAGCGUCACCAGCACCACGUGUGGUGUUUUCAGCAACUGGCUCUAUUUUUUGCUGCCUCUGCUGCUUGUGCCACUGCUGCUGUGUUGUGUCUGGCGGCUGUGCCGCAAGAAGACUGUCAAGGAGCCACCACCUGUGCAGAAGCCAGAAAAGGAGCCAGAGCAGGAGAAACCACCACCUCCACCACCAUCACCACCACCGCCUCUGCCUCCAUCACCUCCGCCCCCACCUCCGCCCCCGGCUCCUGUAAACACCUGCCCCACUGUGAUUGUUUGUUGCUGUGCAUGCCAAGGAGUGUGCGGGAUGAGAGGGAUAGAGGGCAAUCUGGAUACCUUUUGUGACCUCUCUCACCAAAGCUGCCGCCAGGUGCCAUGGAUGUGGUGUCAGCGCAGGGACCAGGGGAGGUACCUCAGCUUAGCUCUUGCACAGUCCCAAUACGCACAGGCUCCCUGCUGCCCAAGGAUCUGCUUUCCACACAGCCAGGAGUGCCUUUCCCUACCACAGGCUCCCUGCCGCCCAAGGAUGUGCCUGAGACACAGCCGGGAGUGCCUCGCCCUCAAACAGGCUCCCUGCAGCCCAAGGAUGUGCCUGAGACACAACCAACACAGCAGGGAGUGCCUUGCCCUCAAACAGGCUCCCUGCAGCCCUGGGAUCUGCCUGAGACACAGCCCGGAGUACUUUUCCCAAGCACAGACUCUGUGCAGCCCAAAGAGCUGCCUUCAACCUGGCCAGCAGUGCCUCCCUGUCACCUGCUCCUCCAGGUGCCACCUCUUGCCUGCUAGGUGCUCAAGGCCUCCCUCCAGGAUCCUGCCGCUGUUGUCCCCACUGCUCAGGCACACUGCAGAACCCCCUCUGUCACUCCCUCCCUCGGAGCCCAACUUCUAAGGCACUAAACACCCAAGAUUAACAGGCUUUUGUUGCUGAACUGGACAUAUACAUUGAGUCCUUUCUUAUGGUCAAAGGAGUUGAAUUCUUGUUGAUCAACAAAAGUGUUUGUCACCAGGGAGCUUGUCCUAUGAGUGAGCUGGAUUUAUACUGCACCUGCCACGACACAGCGCCCUGGUGCCGUGGGGAUGCCAGGCAUGGAUGCAUUCCACUCCCAACAGCUCCGACUUUAUCAAGGGCUGGGACACAGGAGGUCUUAGGCCAAAUUCUCCAUUUAAAAAGCCCAAAAAGUCUUUGAAAUAAUAAUUCAAUGCUGUGUCUCCCUCUCCAGCUUUUUGUUUGUUUGUUUUCUUUGUUGUUUUUUGAGACAGAGUCUUGCUCUGUUGCCCAGGCUGAGUGCAAUGGUGUGAUCUCAACUCAUUGCAACCUCCACCUCCCAGGUU